AUGAAAGUUGAAAACCUAAUAGUUGAUAAUGAAUGGGUUAUGCCUUCUGAACUUCUUGAUAUGGUUUCAAUCAAUGAGCUACCUGUACUCAGUUUGGAGGAAGACAAAAGAAUCUGGAGUGGCACAAUUACCGGGGAUUUCUCUGUUUCUUCUGCAGUUGAGUGUAUUAGAACAAAGUAUUCAAAAGUGAGCUGGGUACAUCAGGUAUGGAAUUACUCAAUUCAUCCAAAUAUUUCAAGCAAUAUAUGGAAACUUAUAAGAAAUAUUUUCCCAACUUAUGAAAAAAUGAAAACUAGGAAAUUUCAACUUGCUUCUAGAUGUUGUUUUUGUAAGAAAGAUGAGGAAACUCUAGAAUACAUUCUAUGGAAAUGCAACUAUAGUGAGAUAAUUUGGAAGUGGUUAGGAGGGAUGUUUAAUUUCAAGAACCCUAAGUCCUUUGAUGAAGUCUUUAGUUUUGCAAAACAUAAAAGUCCUGCAGUUGGUGAAAUAUGGAGAUAUGCUGCUUUCAUUACUCUCAAGGAACUGCGGUUUCAAAGAAAUAGAAGUGUUUAUGAGGAUGAAGUCUUCAAUGAACAAAAUAUUAAAUCAAUAAUCUUGAAACUUACUGCUGAAGGAGAAAUUAGAAUGAAACAGCUCAUGUGGAAUAUUGCAUAUGAUCUGCAAAUGCUAAAACAGUUUGGUUAUGGGAUUAUGGCUAGAAAUGAUAAAGGAGAAGCGGUGGUAGUUAUAGAAGGAGGUCUGGGGAUUGCUACUAAUUUCUUUGCAGAAAUUAUGGCAAUUAUUUGUGCAGGAGAAUGGGCUAUUCAUAAUGGUUUCAGAAUCCUCCUUUUCAGUACAGACUCAAAAGCAGUAAUUGCUGCUUUUGAAAAUUUGAGAGUUCCUUGGUUUGCAAUUGCUAGAUGGAAGCAAAUCUGCAACAUUGCUACCAAAUGUGAGUUUCUUCAUAAUUACAGAGAAGUGAACUUCUCUGUAAAUGAUCUAUCUAACAGAGGAGCAACUAUGCAGAGAGGAGAUCAACACAUAUACACAAGCAAACCUCUCUUCCUUGUAAAUCUUGAAAAUGAAAAGCAGAAGUACUUUAGGACAGUUUAG